AUGUGCUCCAAGGACGUCUUCCACAUCCACCAAAAUCACAUCCACCAGACAUGGAACAAGGACCACCCGCCUCAGCUCACGGUCUCCUCCGGCGAUGUCGUGACGUUCGACUGCAAGGAUGCGAGCAAUGGACAAAUCAAACGCGACUCGACGGUGGCCGCUCUGGCCACGUUCGAGACGGAGCUCGCGGAUCCCGUCUUCGGUCCGGUGUUCGUCCGUGAGGCCGAGCCGGGCGAUGCCCUGGAGGUCGAAGUCGUGGGGCUCGAGCAUGCGGACUGGGGCUGGUCCGCUCUGGUCCCGGGAUUCGGGCUGCUGGCCGACGAAUUCAUCGAAGAAGGGCCGCAGUUGAAGAUCUGGCAGAUCCCCGCGGGCGCCAAACUGCUGAAAUUCAACGACCGAAUCUCGAUCCCCAUUCGACCCUUCCUGGGGACCAUGGGCGUGGCCCCGAGUAUGGAUGGCCAUCAUCCGACCAUCCCUCCGUUGGAGACCGGCGGAAAUAUCGACUGUCGGCAUAUCACCCAAGGGUCGACCCUCAUCCUUCCGGUCCGGGUGCAGGGCGCCUUGUUCAGUUGCGGCGACGGCCACGCCGCGCAAGGCGAUGGCGAGGUAUGCGGCGUGGCCGUAGAGGUCGGGAUGAAAGCCACGCUCCGUUUCAAGUUGAUCAAGAACGCCGAGCACGUCUCGACGCCGCACUACCGGUGUCCGCCUCAACCGGCCCCGGUACUUCCCGAUGCCGGCACAUAUAGCACUCUCGGCAUCGACCCCGACCUGCUCGAAGCGACUCGCAAAGCGGUGCGCGCCAUGAUCGGCUAUUUGGUGUCGCAGAGAAGUCUCUCCCGCGCAGAGGCAUAUAUGCUCUGCAGCGUUGCGGUAGAUUUGAGAAUGGCGGAGGUCGUGGAUAUGCCCAAUUACGCCAUCUCAGCGACGAUUCCCAUGAACAUUUUCCAGUGA